AUGACUGCAUUUGAAGAGUUCGGGGUGUUGCCUGAAAUUGCAAAAGCUCUAGAUGAGCUCGAAUGGAGUUUGCCUACUGAUAUUCAAGCAGAAAGCGUGCCGUUAAUACUGGGUGGUGGAGAUGUGCUCAUGGCUGCAGAAACGGGUAGUGGAAAAACGGCUGCAUUUUGCUUACCUGUCAUACAGGUCGUAUGGGAAACACUCAAAGACAUACAGUCUGGUAAAUUAGCCAAAACCGCCAAGGAGAGCACUUCCCUCCCGUGGACAAUGUCCACAUUGGAUAGAGGCAAUGCCAUUGCUGUGGCCCCCGAUGGUAGACGAGUACAGUCAAGAGAACAGAAGGAAUGGCACGGGGUGAGAUGCACUCGGGGAGUGAAAUCGGGUAAAUGGGGAUUCGAAGCUACUGUAACUGACGAAGGUUUGUGUAGAGUCGGUUGGUCAUCGUUGAGAGCUAAUUUAGACCUAGGUACCGACAGAUUAGGAUUUGGUUUCGGGGGUACUGGGAAAAAAUCUAAUAAUAAACAAUUUGAUAAUUACGGCGAACCGUUUGGAAAAAGCGACGUGAUCACAUGCCUCAUAGAUUUCGAUAAUGGCGAAAUUAAAUUUUUAAAAAACGGUGUCGACUUAGGGGUAGCCUUUCGAGCUGACAGGAAUAUUAUUAAAGAAGGCAUGUUCCCGGCUGUUGUGUUAAAGAACGCAGAAAUGGACUUUAAUUUCGGACAUAAACCCUUCAAGCAUUCUUUACCCGCGGGGUACAACCCAAUACAAACCGCAAUUGAUAAUAAUUUAGCAAUAAACACGAACGGAACUUUCGAUGAAACCGGUCAGCAUACUAAAAUUAUAAACAAUGCGCCACAGGCUAUAAUUAUCGAGCCUUCAAGAGAGUUAGCUGAACAAACGAGCAAUCAAAUUAAAAACUUCAAGAAACACCUAAGUGACCCUGCAGUUAGAGAAUUACUAGUAAUCGGAGGAGUGAACGUCAAAACUCAAAUAUCUGAGCUGCAAAACGUAGGCGCAGAUAUAAUAGUCGGUACACCGGGAAGACUAGAAGAUCUCAUUCAAGGAGGAUACCUUUCGUUGGCUAACUGUCGGUUUUUCAUCCUCGACGAAGCCGAUGGUCUGCUCAAACAAGGCUACACCGAUUUCAUAGAAAGACUGCACAAGCAAAUGCCUAAAAUCACUUCUGACGGUAAAAGGCUGCAAAUGAUCGUGUGCAGUGCGACUUUACACGCGUUCGAAGUAAAAAAAAUGGCCGAAAAAUUGAUGCAUUUUCCCACGUGGGUCGAUUUAAAAGGUGAAGAUGCGGUACCCGAGACAGUCCAUCAUGUUGUCGUUAAAAUUGAUCCGCAAAACGACAAAAGUUGGCACAGAUUGAAAAGACGUAUAGCCACAGAUGGUGUACAUGCUCAAGACAAUAUUGGGCCAGGUUACAACAGCCCCGAGACGUUAAGUGAAGCAGUAAAAAUAUUGAAAGGUGAAUAUUGCAUUAAGUCGAUUGACAAACACAAAAUGGACAGGGCCAUCAUUUUUUGUCGAACCAAGUUGGACUGCGACAACUUGGAGAAGUACAUGAGGCAAAUUGACAAGAAUCAUUAUUCCUGCGUGUGUUUACACGGUGAUAGAAAACCGAAUGAACGAAAAGCCAAUUUGGAAAUGUUUAAAAACCAACAAGUGAAAUUCCUAAUUUGCACUGAUGUAGCAGCAAGAGGUUUGGAUAUCUCCGGUUUGCCCUUCAUGAUUAAUGUGACGCUACCAGAUGAAAAAUCGAACUACGUCCAUCGAAUCGGUAGAGUAGGAAGGGCUGAAAGGAUGGGGCUCGCUAUUAGUUUAGUUAGUUCAGUGCCGGAAAAGGUGUGGUACCAUGGACAAUGGUGUCCUUCAAAGGGCAGGAACUGCUGGAAUACCGAAUUAACAGAUAGAAAAGGCUGUUGUAUUUGGUACAAUGAACCACAGUAUUUGGCCGAUAUUGAAGAUCAUCUCAACAUCACCAUAACUCAAAUAGGAACAGAUUUGGAAGUUCCUCAAGACGAAUUCGAGGGUAAAGUAACUUAUGGCGAAAAACGUAAAGCCAUGGGCUCUUUGUAUGAAAACCACACAGCUCAAAUGGCCCCUAUCGUGAAGGAAUUAAGCAGAUUAGAGAGCCAAGCUCAACUAAUUUAUGUGAAGAGACAUCUCUCCAAAUUGGCACGAUCAUAUUAG